AUGCGAGUGGAUGCUAAGCGUUUCCAACGAUCUAAGGACACUAUUCAUAGACAAUUUAAGUGUGUUUUGGGAGCUUUAUGUGCAUUAGCACCACGCAUUAUAAGACCACAAAGUCAAGGGGAAACAUCUUCUCAAAUUUUGAAUAACCCAAAGUAUGAUCCUUAUUUUGAGAAGUGUAUUGGUGCAAUUGAUGGAACUCAUGUUGUUGCUUGGGCACCAGCUCAAAAGCAAACCUCAUAUUGUGGUAGGAAGAUCCUUAUUACUCAAACUGUCAUGUGCACUUGCUCUUUUGACAUGAUGUUCACUUUUUUUUAUAGGGGAUGGGAAGGGACUGCAAAUGACUCUAGGGUGUUCAUAGAUGUAGUGAUGAGGCCAUAA